ACCGGUACGCGGCCGUAGACAGGCUGGGAGAACUAUUUCGCACUUGUGCGCGUGCACUCCGUAGAGUGGGAACGUAGCAUCGUUGGGAAGGAAAGUCAGCAGUGUAGCUCCAGGCGCGGGGAAGCAGGCGCCCAACGGGGAAAAGAAGAGGAAGCGGCGGGCACCAUGGACUCCAAGCAGGAUGCGCCAGUGGACGAAGGCCCCACGAGUGGUGCCCCGCAGUAUGGGUCGAUGACCGGCGGCACCGCAGAAGGAGCGCUGCGGCAAUCUGCUGCGGUCAGUCCCUCGCUGGAACAGGUGCUGCAGCAGCUUCAGCGCGAGCAGAAGCGCGACGGCCGCCGCGUGCUCGUCGGCUUCGUCGUCAUGGCGCUGGCCAUCGGCUUCGUCGUCCUGGUGGUGCUGGCGCGCGUGCUGCUGGACGAGGCGUCAGGGGGCCGCCGGCCUCCCGCUCGGCGCAGCCAAUCGGAGGCCAACCGCGGCCGACGCGCCAUGAUCGAGAACGACUCGGACUUCGAGACGCUCGGCGAGGCCGACGCGCGCCUUCUCGGAGACCUGCUCGGUGGGAACCGCACUUAUCUGCGAUGAACCGUCGAGGGGGACUGACUUCUUACCCGUGCACUUUGUUGUGUCUUUGUUUCCAUUUGAGCGAGUGAUUAAACGUCUAUAUUUAAACACAAAAUAACAA